AUGGCGCCGAAGAAGGUCACCAAGAAAGGAGCGGAGGGGAAGAAGAAGCGCGCAAAGAAAGAUCCUAACGCCCCCAAAAAACCGCUUUCGUCGUACAUGAUUUUCGCCAAGGACAAACGCGCCGAAAUCCUCAAGAAACAGCCCAGCCUCAAAUCCGACAUCGGCGAGGUGGGAAAGAUGAUCGGAGAAGAGUGGGCUAAGCUCAGCUCUUCUCAAAAACUCACGUACCAAAAGAAAGCAGAGCAGGAGAAGGCUAGAUACCAGAGAGAGAUGUCUCUCUACAACAAAAAGAAAUGA